AUGCUCCUUCCCCUCGUGCCGCCGGGAUACCGCCCCAGCCACGCUGCAAGUGCAGAGGGAGCGGGGCAUCCUUGGCUGGUGCCCGGGCAGCGCACCCUGCGCGCCCCGCACGGGGCAGUGCCAGCCACGAAGGGACAGCGCCGGGAAAGUUUAUUGUUGGCCAAACCACAGCGCGGAGCUCCGGCGCAGCGGGCAGGCGCCCCCGCCGAGGAGGAACCGGCCCGUCCGCCACCCGCGGGACACCGGGAGCGGCCCCGGCCGGAUCCCCCCGCACUCGGGAACGCCCGCGCCCGGCGGAGCGAGAUGCGGCCGGUCCCCCACCGCCCCCUCCGGCGCCCCAACCGGGGCGAGAGCUGCCGGCCCGCCCCCAGCCCAGGGGCAGCGGCCGCCCGGCUCGUCCCGGUGCAAGGGGCGGGGGGGAUGCCGGGGGGGCGGGAGCGAGGGGAGGGCGGAGGGGCCGGGCGGGCCCCCCGGCCGAGCUUGGGGCGGGGGCGGGAGCGACGGGGCGGGGCGGGACGUACCAACAGCCCCUCGGGGGAGGACGCCGUGGCACCCCCUCCCACCCGCCACCCGCGAUACCCACGGGUAUUCCCCCCGUGCGCGGGGCGCGUCUGCGAGUCCCACGCAGCGGGGCGGGGAAGGCCGGGGGCGAGGCCACUCGCCCCGGGGCAGGGGGAGGUGGCGGGGGUCGCGGUGGAGGCGCACGGCACACGCCUCCCACCCUCCCUCGGCACCCCCUCCCUGCGGCGGGUGGUGCGGCCCGCUCUGAGGAGGGCGGGAGCGGCGCGCCCCGCCCCGCACAGUGACACACGCUCCGUGUGGGGAGGCGCCGCCGGCGCGGGCAGCGGGACCGGGCGGGACCGGCCGGGCGGUGAAGCGGCGGCGGCGACUGCGACUGCGAGCCGAGCCCGGAGCAUGGCAGGGGCCGGAGCCGCUGCGGAGGCUGCCGCUGGUUUUUCCCCUUCGUCGGCUCCUGCCGCCCGCCGGGAACUUUUCCUAGCGGCUGGUGGCGGUGCCUCCCCCCGGUGGCGGCAGCGGCGGCGGCGGCUGCGCUCGGCGGUGCCUCCCGGGCCGGGGCUGGGGCUGCUGGGGUUGGUUUUCUCUCGCUUCUGCUGCAGUGCUAGUGCUGUCCCUGGAGUGCAGUGGCAUGUACAAAAUUUGGAGUCAUUGAAAUGGCAAUCUUCUGCUGAAGGUGCCUUAGCUGGACCAGUUGUUGAUCCACAUGUGACAGCAGUUUGGGGGAAGAAGGUUGCACUGAAAUGCAUAAUUGAUGUAAAUGAAACAAUAACACAAGUUUCUUGGGAGAAGAUAUAUGGUAAAAGUUCACAGACUAUUGCUGUUCAUCAUCCUGAAUAUGGAAUAUCUGUUCAAGGAGAAUACCAAGGAAGAGUGGCAUUUAAAAACUACUCGCUUACUGAUGCAACAAUCAUUUUAAAAAAUGUAAGCUUUUCCGAUGAGGGAGAAUAUAUUUGCAAAGCAGUUACAUUCCCACUUGGAAAUACACAGUCAUCAACAACUGUAACAGUACUAGUUGAACCCGUUGUGAGCUUAACGAAAGGACCAAACCCUCUAAUAGAUGGUGCAAACUGGACAGUAGCAGCCACUUGUACAGCAGCCACUGGAAAACCUGCUGCACAGAUUGACUGGGAAGGAAACCUUGGUGAAAAGCAAUCCAACUUUACCCCGUUUGAAAAUGAAACAGUGACAGUUGUAAGCCAGUACAUGAUUAUCCCCACGCGGUUUGCAAGAGGAAGACACAUAACUUGUGUUGUGAGGCACCCUGCUUUGGAAAAGGAGAUCCGAUACCCCUAUGUGUUGGACAUACAGUAUGCCCCAGAAGUUUCAGUAACUGGCUAUGAUGGAAACUGGUUCAUUGGAAGAGGGAACGUUCAGCUCAAAUGUAAUGCUGAUGCAAAUCCAUUACCUAUGGAAUUUAUGUGGAGCAGGUUGGAUGGACAGUGGCCUGAAGGAUUGCUGUCUGUCAACAAUACUUUGCAGUUCAGCAGUCCAUUGACUUACAACUACACUGGGACUUACAUCUGUAAGGUGACUAAUUCGCUUGGUGAGAGGAGUGAUCAAAAGACCAUCUACAUAUUAGAUCCUCCUACUACUACCACUCGACUGCCCACGGUUCCCUGGCAUCCUUCGACUGAUGGCAUCACAGGUUUAGCAACACAGCCUAGAAUAAUAGAUUUCCCAACAUCAACCUUGCCAACAAUGCAGGACGACUCUUGGGGUACCAUCAUCGGUUCUGUGGUGGGUGGGCUUCUUUUGCUCUCACUUUUCAGUAUUCUGGGUGGAGUUCUCUGCUAUAGGAGAAGAAAGACGUUCCGUGGUGACUACUUUGCUAAGAGCUACAUUCCACCGUCAGAUAUGCAGAAAGAGUCUCAAAUAGAUGUUCUUCAGUCAGAUGAUGUGGAUUCUUACCCUGACAGUAUAAAAAAAGAAAUAAAGCAUCCAAUGAACGUAAUAUCUAAAGAUUAUUUAGGAGACCCUGAAAAACCUGAGUUGAACAAUAUAGACAAUACUAACAGGUACCAGGAACGUUAUGAAAGACGAAUGGAUUACUAUGAAGGUGGAACAUAUGGAUUGAAUUUUAUGGGUGGUGACUUAUAUGACGAUGAGGACUUUGUUUCUCACUUAGAUGGCGCGGUAAUAUCUCGGAGGGAGUGGUAUGUGUAGUAACCACUGAAAACUAAACGUGUAUCUACAGUUCAUUUCAUUGGCUGGUCACUUUCAGAUUGUUUAUACUUACACAAGAGAGGAGGAAUAAACUUUUUGAAACUGA